GACACCCAUUAUGUGGAGAGGGAUCACUGCUUGACUGUUCUGUCUGGACGUGACCAGUUUACACGCAAUCUCUCACCCACCACCACGUUGACAGGAUCGAUAUUUCGUAUCAUCUCUACCUGAAACUUCGUUAUCUGUCUAUGAACUAUCAGUCAGACAGAGUAUUUAAAAUACCCGGUAGUAUCCUUGAUAAAUAAACCCAAAACAAGACCAUUACCAUGGUAAUUAUCAGGCGAAGUUCUAAAUUAUGAUAGCAUUUGUUUGCGUUCAAACGUCGGGUGCGGUUUGGAGAUUUAACAAUUUACAUAGUUAGCUGUUCCUGACCGGAUGAAACUCAACCAUUUAACCAGAUUAUAUUCCUCAAGUCAAAAUCCUUCACAUCAUGGACACACCAGGAGAUAGUACACAAUAUAAAGUAAAACAGUGUUCUCAAUGUCAGGGGGACACCGAGUUUUACUGUAACACAUGUAAACGUGAUCUGUGUUCAAGGUGUAAAGAGAUCCAUGUCAUUGAUUUACAUACUAAAAACCAUGCUGUCGUGAUUUACCGUGAGAAGUUUGGAUACAUCCCCCGACAAGAGAUCCAGACAGGUUCUAUGAAAUGUUCUGUCAGUCGUGUGAACUUUCUGUCUGUUUCCGAUGUUUAGAGCACCGAAAACACCAAAUACUGGACAUUAGAACAGCCUAUCAAACAAAGCGACAACAACACCGAGAAAUCAUUGACAACAUCAGAAGUGAGACUCUCUAUAAAUGUCGUGUUCUCCUGGCAGGAAUUCAAACUGAUAUCAAAACUUGUCCCCCACAAAUCUGUCACCGUCAAUCACAGAUGUCAACAAUAGCCCAGAGACUGUAGGAUCUGAUAGACACUGUGGUAUGUGAUGUUAAAACAAGUUACAGAGGUUUAUUGAUUGAUAGAAUACAACAACAGAAGAAAAAAGUGAACAGACACCUCACCCACAUACAAAACUAUGAAGACAGGUAUGAACAAUCAGCAAACAGAGCGGUACAAUUCCUCUUGUUUAUAAAGACCAGUCGUGUCUCCCAGAUAAAGAACAGUCCUAGUCAGUUAUUGAGUGUCAUCACAAAAAUCCAAAUGACAACAGGAAAACGACAAGUAGGAAUAGACGAGUGUGUGAAACUGACGUCCACACCUGUAUUACACACGUCUGUCUGUGUGACAGGUGUUAGUUGUGUGUUACACAUAUCUCCUGUGACGUCAGAUCGGUUAUGGGUAUGUGAUUGGUUCAAUUCCAUCUUGACAGACACAACAGGAGUCACUAUACACCGUGUGACAGGUAUAUCACCGGGGUUUGGAGUACACACAGUGGACAGUUCUGAUGAACUGAUUUAUAUAGACAGUGAUUAUAACAUCAACAAACUGUCUAUAGAGAAUGGAUCAGAUACCACACUAUUAGCAAAUACAUCUCCAUGGAGACCAGAGUGUGUGUAUUUCUCCCCGUUCACUGGAGAUCUAAUGAUCGGAAUGUAUAACUAUAAAACAGAUACCGCCAAGAUAACCCGGUACAACAGUAGUGGUCAUCACACUCUGACCAUUCAGUACGACAACACAGGUCACACGCUGUAUAGUCAUCCUCAUUUCAUCACUGAGAAUAAGAACGGUGAUAUCAUUGUGUCCGAUUGGAUUAAUUAUAACCGUGGUGCUGUAGUGGUGACAGAGUGCUGGGGGAGAUAUCGAUUCUCCUACACAGGACCUCCAUCAGGAUCAUCACUAUCACCACUGGGAAUCUGUACAGACGUGCUGUCACACAUCCUGGUGUGUGAUGAUAACACCCACACAGUACAGAUGAUUGACAAGGAUGGUCACUUCCUGUCUCUGUUAUUGACACAACCGAACGGGAUAGACAAACCAUACAGUCUGGACUAUGAUAAUAAAACUCACCUUCUCUGGGUCGGAUCAUACAACACACUGUCUGUAUAUAGAUAUAUACAGAGGAGGCACUCUCUGACUGGUAUGUCCUGUACUUAUGUAGUUUAUUGUCCUAUAUCAGAUAUAUUCAGAUGGGUAACUCCCUGACUG